AUGCAGAAUACUGAGGAGGACUGCAUCUUUCUAUGGAACACGCUUCGAGCACAUCCUGCGUUGGCCGCUGUGCCGUUUGGCGGUCGAUUUCCACUAGAGAUAUUGCUGGAAUAUGGCAAAGCAUCUCUUUCGGUUGUUAAAGAAAUACAUGACAUAUACCCCGAUGCCAUCAGAACGAGUGCUGGUGAUAUCAAUACCAGCAGUAGUACAUGUGGACGAGCGCCUCCACUGCUACUCCAUCAAGCCAUUCAGAGUCGAUCCCGCCAUGAUGUGAUCGAGUUUCUCAUUUCCAAAAACCCAGAGGUGGUACGAGCGGUGGGUGAACACGAGAAAAACAACAACUAUCGUGCCGCUAUUCGGCUCGUGGCCAGACGGUACCCCGAAGGAAUUACCCAAUGCAACCACACUGGCUCCAUUCCCUUGUGGAAUGUACUGCAAUACAGUGGGUUCCCUACUGCCGCUCUGGACGAAUUAUUGCAAGCUCUGCCCCCAACUUGUGCCAUUUGA